AUAGUGUGAUUAGCUGUUGGACAAUGGCUGGAAGUUGGUGGUUGGUUCAGGUAUUGGCACUGUGUGCUUUCUGUCAUGCUCUUCCUAAGUUGAGUAAACUGCCCCAGAACCCUCAAGCUCUGAUGCUCCAGCAAACUGACCAGUGGUUUCAGAAGCCAGUUCAACAGACUAAUCAGCAGAUUCCUCAGAAGCUUCAGAUUCAGAAGCCUGUUCAACAGACUAAUCUGCAGUUUUCUCAGAAGCUUCAGAUUCAGAAGCCAGUAGCGAAGGCUGAGCCUUUGGACAAAUGUGCUGUAGCUGAUUAUGAGCAGAUCCAAUGUGGACAGCCUGGUAUCAGUAGUGCUGAAUGUGAAGCUAUCAACUGCUGCUUUAGUGGACAGCAGUGUUACUAUGGGAAGGCAGUGACUGUCCAGUGUAUAAGAGAUGGUCAGUUUGUGGUAGUGGUGGCUAGAGAUGUUACACUGCCUCGACUGAGUCUGGAUUCAGUCAGUCUACUGGGAGGAAACGACCUACCUUGCAGUCCUGUGGGGUCCACACCUUCCUUUGCUGUAUACCAGUUCCCUGUGACCGCAUGUGGCACAAGAGUUAUGGAGGACAGUGGUUAUGUGGUGUAUGAGAACAGAAUGACCUCCUCGUAUGAAGUGGGGAUGGGACCAUUUGGUUCCAUCACAAGGGACAGCCACUUUGAGCUUCUCUUCCAGUGUAGGUACUCUGGCACUUCUGUGCAAGCUCUGGUUGUGGAGGUCAACACUAUUCCUCCACCUCCACCAGUAGCUGCCCCUGGACCCCUCAGGGUUGAGCUUAGACUGGCCAAUGGUCAAUGUGUCACCAAAGGGUGUGCUGAAGGGGAUGAGGCCUACACGUCCUACUAUAGUGAGGCUGAUUAUCCCAUCACAAAAGUCCUGCGGGAGCCUGUGUAUGUUGAGGUGCGCAUUAUGGAGAGGACUGACCCCAACAUUGUCCUGAUGCUGGGACGCUGCUGGGCAACUUCCACCCCCAGUCCACUCAGUCUACCCCAGUGGGACCUUCUGGUUGAUGGAUGCCCUUACCAGGAUGACCGUUACCUGACCACACUGGUUCCAGUGACUGGAUCUUCUGGUCUUCAGUUCCCAACCCACUACAAGCGCUUUGUUGUGAAGAUGUUCACGUUUGUAGAUCCUGCAUCACUGGCUCCUCUGCAGGAAACUAUCUUCAUCCACUGUAGUACAGCGGUGUGCCAUCCAUCUUCUGGCUCCUGUGAGCAAAGCUGCGGCAGGACGAGAAGGGACACCAAUGUCAAGACUAUCUCUAGUGAGCAGACUGUGGUUUCUAGUGGAGAAGUUACUCUGAUCAUGUAAAUCUAGUGGUUUCAAUAAACAUUGCCGCAACAUGA